CAAAAAUUAUUCCAAUUUCUUCAUAUAUAUCUCUAAUUGCUUGCUGAGAUCUCUGUUAUAUUUUCACACCUCUAAGAGGAGAAAUAAAGCACUCUUCUAAACCAUAAUCUCUCUCUUUCCUUCUUUCUAUCUCUAUCUCUUUAAAGUUCCAAUGACUGAAGAAGAGUCUGUGAAAAGAAAAGUGAAACAAGUUGAAGGAGACAUAAAUGAGGCUGAAAAUAUGAGAAAUGGAGGAGUCAAUAAAGGCGCUUGGACUGCAGAAGAAGAUCAAAAAUUGGCUGAAGUUAUUGCCAUUCAUGGUGCAAAAAGGUGGAAGUCCAUUGCAGCCAAAGCAGGUCUCAAUCGGUGUGGGAAGAGUUGCAGACUAAGAUGGCUCAAUUAUCUCAGACCUAACAUUAAGAGAGGCAAUAUAUCAGAUCAAGAAGAAGAUUUGAUUCUCCGGCUCCAUAAACUUCUUGGCAACAGGUGGUCUUUGAUCGCUGGGAGACUGCCAGGGCGAACAGAUAACGAGAUAAAGAACUACUGGAAUUCUCAUUUGAGCAAGAAAAUGAACCAACAGAGUGAAAAAGAAAGUGAAAUUCUCAAAAGAAAAGGGUGUAAAAGAAAAGUAGACACAGAGUCGAGAGAAGAGGAAACAUCUCAAGAAUGUGAAAACAGCUCAAACUUGGAGUAUGAUGUCGAUAACUUGUUUGAUUUUUCCAAUGAGGGACCUGAUUUAGAGUGGAUGAGUAAAUUCCUGUAAUUGGGUAUCAUAAGCAGCAACUAUAAGCUUAGGUUGUUGGUGCACUCUCAUGCAAAUCGUUACUGAUUUAUCUAAAAUUUAAUCGUUUCACUCAUAGCCUUAGCCAAAUAUUUGGUUGCAGAUGAACAGAUUCCUACUAACUUCAUCUUGUGCUAUCUACUCUACCGGCUAUCAUCGACUAACGAAAUCAUAUUCCAAAGAUUGUAAUACUUUACACUUCUCUAGGGAAUCAGCAAGAGACAUCUAGUGCGAAUAUGGUAAUCUCCUAAAUUUAGAGAGAGAGACAGAGAGACAGAGAGACAGAGAGAGAUCUUGUGCUACAUAUAGUAAUCCUCCAAGUUGAGAGAGAGAGAGAGAGAGAGAGAGAGAGAGAGAGGGAGUUUGCUAGUGCACUCAUUAAGAGAGUUUCUAGAUUUUGCCUCAUAAUCCGAUGCUGUGGUGGGGAUAUGAAAAGAAUCAUUCUGAUAGACAAGAAAAACAAAAUGUUCACUUUCUGUCACGAGUUUAGUCCAAAUUUUCAGAUGGUCAGAAUCAGACAAAUAGUGCAGACCAGCAUUCCUCCACCACAUAACACUCAGCCUGAUAUGGUCUUGGUCAGCGUCUAUAUCUUGUCAAUCUUGGAUUUUACCCAAACAAAACAGAUGUGUACAAAUUUACAGCAAAGUUUAAGUACUAAUGUACUUAAUAUACAUAACACCCAGACCAUCGCUCAACUCAUUGUAUUUUUAUGUUUCCUCCAACCUAAACCAUUAAAUUGGCCCCUUUGGAGCUUACUAUUAGAAUUAUAUGUUCCCAGCUAGUUCUUAUCAUGGAGAAAAAAGAAACAAAAAGAUAAUUUG